AGAAAUAAGCAGGAACGAAGAAGGGCAGCUCGAUAACCCUUCUGGAAAUUGGCUCUAAGCCAAGCGCCUGUCUAGGGUUGCCUAAAAUGUUGCGGCCGGGAGUAAUCGUCGAUAUUUAACCUGCCUUAUCACGGCUUUUUUCUGGACCAGUUCCACAAUCUUUAAUAUCUGAAACAUUACCCUUCGACACUGCAGUGAACACUCGAUACUUAAAGUCCAUGACAAUAUGUCUACAGUACCCAGCCUCCGUCGGGUAAUUCCUGUAGGGAAUGUGGAUGAAAUACGAGAGGCUCGAAAAGAGCUCCUCAAGAGGCUGUCUACUAAAGAACUAGCUCAUGUUGCUGCGUUAUUUGGACAGGCUAGGUCGACAAGGGAUGACUGUUAUAAAUAUAUUAUGAAAGCCCUCGACGAUAUUGCCGGAGACUCUCUGCGCAAGAUGGUACAAGAGUUACAAGGAUCGAGAUGCAAGCAGUUGGUAGAUGUCCUUAUCUCAGUGGCGGAAUAUGAAAAGAAAUCCAGAGACGGGCUGCUUGAUAGAUCAAAAUCAAUUGAGAUCCCAGAGAUCUACCUUCCCCAGGACAUACCGAACGAGGAAGUGCCAUAUAGCGGUAACAUAAACGAAGAACAGGGUUCUUGGACGUUGGUGAGCCCCUGGGAUUCUUCCCAGAAAUUGACUUUCAACAGUCAGGAGACAGAGAAGACCCGUCUACAGUCUCGGCAAAUGCUUGAAAAGUUAACAUAUGAACCUUUAAGCACACUUUUAAAUUGCCUUUUGAGCUAUAUUGAACCACGUCUUCGACAGGUUUACUCUUAUAAGCGUGGGAUGGUCCCGAAGUGGUGGCCUCGCACUAUAAAGUUCAAUGGCAAAAACCACUAUAGCAAAGCCGCGAUUGUCGAAUUGAUAAUUUAUAUUAUAUUCGACUUGCACUCAGAAGGGUUCCGAAUUAUCCAUGCAAUAGAUGCGAUAAAAUUCCAUCCCAGGCUCACCGUCAAAGCCAAGGAGAUCGUAUAUUCACUACUGUUCGUUCGACAGGCAGAAGAAUUAUGCCGGGGGAACACGUCCGAUACGGUUCCAAAAGCAGAAGUGGUAAUAGGCAGGAGAGUUGCCCAAAGAGCACCGACAGACUCAGAAACCGAGCCAACUUUUAUACGACAGUGUAGUGGAGAAUCACAACCUUCCAUUUUCACCAGAGGCACGCUUAAAAGGUCUUACUACAUUCUCCUAGGAGUCAACGACCAAGGGAAAUUUUUCCAUUCAGUAUCGCAAUCAAUCAAUCGUGAUAACCUCAGGUUGUCGGCCGCCGUGGACAGUUUCAGGCAAGAGGUGUCCAGAGUGGAGGAGCAGCAGAGAGCUUACCUGUUGCAAGUCCAUAAUGAGUCGGAGCAAAAGGGUUGAGAAAAUCAAUAGCCUCACUUUUUGACAAUGCGAGGCUAGUUCUUUCUUUACUGUUUUAUUUUAUCCUAAAAAAUGGUAAUUCCUGAAUUCCACCUACUUGGAUUGGGCAUCGCCUAUCACACUAGUUUCUUUGUUUGUAGUCCUGGCUUCACGUGCUUCCUUUGCCGGUAAUGGAAUAACCCUCGGCCGAAGACGGGAACUCUCUUUUCCGAGGUCCUAGUUUGCUUGGCUUGUUUGGUCGUGGAAGCGGCCGAGCAGUUAAAGUAUCAACGAACCUCUCAUGGAUCACUGCACACCAGGACCUUCGUCCAGACAAUAUUCUGUGGAACGCCGAGCAAAACUGUGUUAUGAUUAUCGACUUCCACUGUUCUCGACUAGACCCACGACCGGACAAACACCGGCCACAGUCGGGGAGGUUCAAUUUUAAUGUUGAGGCACGUGAGCGGAAACGACUUUGUAUGCUCUGACACAAAGCGAUGUGCUCAAUGCAAUGUGCUUCACGUGAUCUCUACGAUUUAGUGUUGGCCAAUGAAAUUGCCUAGUUCCAAUUACGCGUCAU